AUGGACACCUCUGCACAGAAAGACAAACGCCCUGGCAAACAUCCCAAACAAGUAAAGAAAGGUUUUACUGCUGCAUAUCCAACACAGUCCUCUAUUCCUUUUAAAUUCCAGGCUUCAAUAGUUCCAGAAUCAGAAAAAAAAGGAUUUAAUAGUCAAGCCAGGAGAUUUUAUCAUAAACAGGAUGAUGUCCCAGGUCCUGGGUUCUACAACGUCAUUCACCAGUCUCCAGUGUUCAACAGUGUCUCAUUGUCCAAGAAAGGAACAUGCACUUUUCCCUCCAUGCGUGCCCGAUUGGACACCAUCGUUUCUAAACAUCCUGCAGCUAAUGCUUACACGAUCCCAUCAGAUUUUAUUUCAAAGAAAGACUUCAGUAAUUCCUGUUCCAGCAUGUUCCAGUUGCCGAUCUUCGAGAAAGUUGUCAGAUUUGAAACUCCUGCACCAAACCAUUACAAUGCCUCUGUCUCUUGCUGCAAGCAGAGAAACAAUGUCUGUGCCCGAGCCGGGUUUAUGUCAAAAACCCAGAGAGGAUUUUUUGAUGUUACUGAAACAGGACCUGCCCCAGGGCAUUAUAAUAUCAACGAAUCCCUUGUGAAGCAGUCACCAAAGAUAUUAAUGUCUUGUUUUAAAUCAAAAACUGACCGUGGAUUAAAACUGACAUCUACAGGCCCAGGACCCGGUUAUUACAACCCAAAUGAUUGCUCCAAAGUUCCAAAAAAGACCCUUUUCCCCAAAAACCCCAUCCUGAACUUCUCUGCCCAGCCUUUACCUCUGCCCCCGAGGCCUCCUCUCCCAGGGCCCGGUCAGUAUGAGAUCGUGGACUACGAAGGGCCCUCCAAGCGUUUCAUCUCUAGUGCAUCAUUCGUGUCCAACACCAGCCGGUGGACAGCGGCGCCGGCCCAGCCAGGACUGCCCGGCCCAGCUACGUACAAGCCAGAAUUCCCAGGAAAGCAGUCCUUCCUCUACAACGAGGACAACAAAUGGAUCCCAGUAUUGUAG